AUGGGAGACGACGGCUUCGGCCCGGCAGAAGCGACGCAAGAGGACAAGAAAGACAAGGAAAAGUUGCUGCCGAUCGAGUUUCUCGCGCUCACGAAAGAUGCAGCUGAACUUUACCGCUACGAACACGGCCGGCCGCUGGAGGACAUCCGAAAGCCAGUGGCGACGUUCGAAGGCGUGGAACAGGCGCUCUGGACAGCCGACGGGAAAAAUCUCGUGCUCGUCAGGAAGGACGCGCCCAACCGCGUAGAUAUUGUGUCUCUCGACGACAACAAGAACAUCUUCUCCGUCACCGGGGCGAGCGCCGUGGUCAAGUGUGGGUUUUCACCUCGAGAGACUUUUCUGUUUAUUUGCUUUCGCCAUGAGGCCGCCAACCACGAAAACUUUUGCAUGUAUCGCAUGGCCGACGGCGAGAAAGUCUUGAGUUUCACUCUCAAACAGAUCAACGCAAACACCUGGCCGCCGCUCAGGUGGACUUCUCAGGAGUCCUUCUGCUGCCGCAUGGUGACGAAUGAAGUGCACAUUUUCAGGGACAACGCGUUCAACUUGAACCACCCGCAUGACCGAAUUCGCUGCGAAAACGUUGUCUCUUUCUCUCCCUGCAACGAGAAGAAGAAGGCGACGUCUGCGGCUCGCGAUGAGGCGUGCAGAGGGGGGAAGGAGGACAAGUCCGCUGCAGGCCUCCUGACGUGUGCCGUCUUCGUCGCUGGCAGGAAGGGAGCGCCGUCGGCCGUGAAGCUUUUCGACCUGGAGAACGGGAGUUCUUGUCUCUGCACCAAAAGCUUCUUUCAGGGCAACGAAGUGACUUUCAAGUGGAGCAACGACGGACGCGCCGUCCUCGCGCUCGUGCACACCGACGCCAGCGAGAAGAGCUACUACGGCUCGGACGCGCUCUACUUCCUCAAGGCGGACGGAAGCUACGACUGUCAGCUGAUGCCUGCGGAGGAAGGACCGAUCCACGACGUGCAGUGGAGCCCCUCGACUCUCGAGUUCGCCCUCUGCAAAGGUCCGAUGCCGCCUGAGAUUUUGCUGUACGACGGCAGCAAGAAGCCUUCGGCGCCGAAGCUCUCCUUCGGCCGUCGCAUGCAGAACACACUCCGUUGGGAUCCGUUCGCUCGGAUGCUCCUCACCGCGGGGUUCGGCAACCUCGCCGGAGACGUCGACGUCUGGCACAAGCAGCAAAAGAAAGUCAUCGCGAAAGCACAGGCUCCUUUCACCGUGACUUGCGACUUCACGGCUGACGGCCUCCACUUCGUGGCUGCUACGACAUCGCCCCGUCUCCGCGUCGACAAUCAUGUUACGAUUCACAGCAUUUCUGGGCAUGCUGUGUGUCGGCUGGACUUCCCGGUGCUCUACCGCGUCUUGGUGAGGCCGCUGCCUCCGUCGGUCGCUGCGACGCUCAAUCAAAAGCAGUCUCACCUUCUGCAAGCGUUUCUCGCGGACUCCACCCUCUUCCUCUCGCAGCAUUUCUCCUCGCUCGCCAUCGACGGCGCCUCUCGCUCCGGCUUCGCCGACUCUCAGAGUCAGGCAGGACCGGCGAAAAGCGUCUCCGCUCCACCAGUCUCCCGCGGCGUCUACCGACCCCCAGGGUCUACCGGCGCUCUCGCCGCCAGGCUCCGCGCCGAACGCCAAGCCACCGUCAACGGAAGCAACGCAGCGUCUGCGGUGUCGCGCGCGUCUCUCGCGAGCUCGAAGUCGAUUCCUGGCCUCUCCCCUCAAGCCUUUCCUCCGGGCUACUCGCCCCCAGGUGCCGCGGCGAAGGCUGCCAGUGGAAAGAAAAGAAAAUGAAACACACGGCGGGAGAAGAAGAGAAAGCAGAGAGGAAGACGAGAAGAAG